CAUUGGAGUGUACACAGUGCGUCAGACGACCGCAGCUAGGAGGCACGGUUGGCGCGCCCGCAGUAGGAGCCUUGCUAUUCCCUCCAUCGCCUGCCGCGUCUCCAACAGACGUGAAGGAGACUUAUGACCUUGGGGUGAUGAUCCCUGAGACCUCGUCGGAUCUGAAGAGCGCGCACUCAAGUGAAUUACACUCAUUUCCACAUUCUGUGCAGUUUUGUCCGCCCGGCGUCGGAGCUCGAAGAGAGCGAGGUCUGCAAGAACACCUCGCUUUUGUCAUAUCACGAUGCUCGCUCAUCUUAGUUCCACAGGCAAGAAGGCGCUUCACGACACGACCUUGUGACGAGUCAGUACGGGCGCAGCGCGUUCAGCAACUUCUUAUCAACGCAGGGUUUCCACAGGCAUUACGAAUGGGGGGUGGCUUUCCUUGUUUUGGGCAACGAAGACGUCAUGCUGUCUACCGAACAGGGGCGACAGCCAUCUGGGUUCAGGGAAGGACAGGGCAGGCAUACCAUGGGUUCGCUCAACAGGUUACUCCACCUUUCAGUGCAGGAAGACGCAGGAUGAAUGUCUCUGAGCUCUGCUGAUAGUCAUUCGCCUCACAGGCGCCCUAGCGGUCGUUGUUAACCUCUUUAAUUGCCAGACCUUGCAAUUCUUUGUUGGAGUCUUAUGAUCAGCUU